CCCAUUCCUGAUACAGAAAUCUUUACAUAACUCCAUACAUAAAGUACUACAUAGUUAUGCUUUCUCUUACUGCACUUCCUUCUUCUCUCUUCUGUUCUCCGCCUUCGUCUUUCUCUCUCCUAACUCCCAAACCCAUUUUCAGAAAUUUAAUCAUGAAUUCUGCUGAACCCACUAAAGAAACCCUAACUUCCAUUGAUGAACAAUCAAUCAAUCAAGAUGAUAAUUCUUCCAAAACUUACUUCGAUAUUUACGGACCUCAGGCAAAAGCUGAGGUUGUGUUCAGUACUCCUGAGCCUAAUUCCAGUUUGAGUUUGCAGGAUGUUCAAGGGUUGGUAACGUGGGUGCUUGCUGAUGGUUAUAUGCCCACUUGGGUUUUUAUCAAAAACAAGCCUCUCAUCCCGAAAGUGGCUCUUGUAUAUGUUCCAGGCCUUGAUGCAGCAUUAUAUAUGUCACAUACAAAAAAAUUUAGCAGUUUGAAAAAGUGUUGUGGCAAUCCAAGGCCAGUUCAAGCUUUAAGCUGUUUAUUAGAUGGCAUUCAGACAAUUGAUGCCCUUAUGACAUGCAAAUUCAAAAGAAAAAGAGACGAACCUGAUUUAGCCUCCACGAUACCUAACGAGUCUUCCAUAAAAGAAACUAAUUCUCCUUCAUCCAACUUAUCCUCAACUGAGCUUAUGAAGGAUUUACCAUUCCCUCUCACAUAUUAUACGCUGACAGCAAAACAGCUGGAGGAUAAUGGAUAUUGCCUGAAUCAACCUGGUUUCCGUUCUACUUGUGCAGCACCUCCUGGUUCUUCCCAUUGUGAAGUUUUAGCCCUUGAUUGCGAGAUGUGUAUCACGUGCAAUGGGUUCGAGCUGACUCGGUUGACACUCGUAGAUGUUAAAGGUCAGGUUAUGUUGGACAAGCUGGUCAAACCAUCAAACCCUAUUGUUGAUUACAACACAAGGUUUCAAUCCUGUGAAAAUUGCCUUGUCCGAUAUAGUGGUAUCACACCCGAGAUGUUGAAUGAUGUAUCUACCAGUCUUGAGGACAUUCAGGAAGAAUUUUUGAAGCUUGUUUAUAAAGAGACGAUCCUGAUUGGACACUCAUUAGAAAAUGACUUGCUGGCACUAAAAGUGUCGCAUGAUCUAGUUAUUGAUACUGCAGUAUUAUACAAGCAUCCUCGUGGGGGCUCAUAUAAAACAGCUCUUCGAGUGCUUUCCAGAAAAUUUCUUUCUAGAGAAAUACAAGAUUCAUGUUGUGGCCAUGACAGCAUAGAGGAUGCUAGGGCAACUAUGGAACUGGCUUUGCUAAAGAUUAAGAAUGGGCCUGAUUUUGGCUCACCUAAACAAUUUGUUCGGAAGAAGCUUCUUGCUGUAUUAAGUGAAUCUGGUAAAACAUCAUCGUUCAUUGAUGAUGUUUCAAUAGUGAAACGUUAUGCCUCUGGGACAUGCCAUGCAUUUCCUGUCUCAUCUGAUGAUGAAGCACUUUCUAGAGCUUCAAAAGAGGUAAAAAAUGAAAAGGUGCACUUCGUGUGGACUCAGUUUUCAGAAAUAAAUUCCUAUUUCAAAAAUCAAGUGGAUGAUGACGAGAAAUUUAAUGCACGGUUAGCAGAGUUGAUAGCGUUUCUAACUUGUCAAAAUAAGUCUUCUGCAAAAAAGGGAAUAAAGUGUAGUGUACCAUCAACGCUCAAAGAGAUCCUAACUCGCACAGAUUCCAGAAUUCACAAGCUGUAUUCACAUUUACCUGUGAAUAGUAUGCUUAUCGUAUUUACCGGUCAAGGAGACACUGCAACAAUCCACAGAUUGCGGAAGAUGCUGACAGCAGAAUCGAAAACCGAAAUAUGCCGUGAAAAACUCAUCAAGGUUUUGGAAGAGCUCCAGGCUCAAGCUGAAGUAGGACUUUGUUUUGUGGGUAUAAAACAUUGAUUUCUGAUACUCAUACAUGAUGUAUACCAUUUGUUAAAAAAUGAAGACAAAAAAAGGAAAAACGAUAACGAGGCUGCCAAUUUGUUUCUCAACUGGUUAUACCCAGGAUGAAGAGCAUAAGUGCAUAACCAAUUUUUGUAGUAUUAUACAAUUGAUUUUUAGUAACAAGAAUUACUGGCUGUCUACAAA